AUGAUACAUAAAUUAGCAGAAAUGUUAAAUAUGUCAAAAUCCACCAUCCACGAGCAUUUUGUGAAGCUUAGCUACAUAAACCGUUUUGAUGUAUGGGUUCCCCACGAUUUAACAGAGAAAAAUCUGAUGGAUCGCAUUUCCAUUUGCGACUCGCUCUAUAAACGCAACGAGGAGACAUCAUCUUUGAAGCAAGUAGUGACGGGGGAUGAAAAAUGGAUCAUUUAUAAUAAUGUUGAGCGAAAAAGAUCAUGGGGAAAGCGGAAUGAACUAUCUUUAGUCACCCCAAAAGCCGAUCUUCAUCCAAAGAAGGUCAUGCUCUACGAAUUAAAGACAGCAAUUGAACAAAAACGUCCAGAAAUAGCGAAUCGGGAGGGCAUCGUGUUUUAUCAGGACAAUGCGCAGCCUCAUGUGUCUUUGACAACUCAACAAAAGUUGUUAGAGUUUGGUUGA